AUGCUGUUCUUCCUUUACAUGGGCCCCACCUUGCUGCCUCCUGUGCAGUUGCACAGUCUCCAUGGUGUUGAUCAACUAGUAAGAAUAGCAGCUAGUCUAAGGCCAGCACUUUGUGAUGCUGUGAUCAAGGUGGGGAUGCAGGAGUUCCCAACCCACAGCCUGGUGCUGGCAGGUACGAGCCAGCAGCUGGGGCGGAAGGGAAGAUGGACAUUAAUUGAAGGGAUCGGCCUUCUCACCUUUGCCCAUCUUUUGCACUUUGCUUAUGGUGAGACCCUAGAACUGAGGCCUGGAGAGUUGGGUGCUCUCCAAGAGGCAGCCCAGGCCUUGGGAGUAGAGACCCUUGAAGCAGAGUGUAGGAGGUCAGCCUCACUGCAAGGGAGUACCAUGGCCAGUUCCUGGUACCAAGAGAACCAGCCUGCCCUUGGGGGCAUCCUACAGCUGUCCCCAAGGUAUGGCACCCCCUUCUUUCAUAGCACCCCCGUCCCUGAAGCCUGGAGAAAAAUGUGGCCUCAGGAACAGAGGCCAAGCCCCUUGGGAUUCCUCCAAUUGGGGCCAGCUCAGCCCAGUUCUAAUGAGAAGAACAUUUCUGACCAGGGAAGCAGUGAAGGGCCUCGGCCCUAUCCCUGUCCUGGCUGUGGAAAGAAGUUCUCCCUCAAGCAUCAGAUGGAGACUCACUACAGGGCCCAUACAGGGGAGAAGCCUUUCUCUUGCCGCCUCUGCCCCCAGCGUUCCUGGGACUUCUCUGCCAUGACCAAGCACCUAAGGACACAUGGCACAGCCCCUUACCGCUGCCCCCUGUCAGCUGGCUGCCCCAGCUUGACCACUAUGCAGGCCCACAUGCGGAGCCAUCCACCGGGACAACUGCCACCUGGAUGGACCAUCCGUUCCACUUUCCUCUAUUCUUCCUCCAGACCUCCUUCAUCUUCUAAUAUCCCUAUAUCACAGCCUCCCCCACUUCCACCUCCUCUUCUCCAUCUCUUUCUUCUGCCACCUGAGAACAGGAUCUUGCAGCUUAAAUGA